UAAACCGAAUUUAUUUAGGCGAAAGUGGGAGCGGAACGUGAAAUUGAGUGAGUUUCAGAAAUCAGUAGGGUUUGUGACUGUGGAUCUGCAUCCUAUAAAUAUCAAUUACUGAAUUUUGAAAGAUUCUCACUCUCUGCAUUGCAACUGCCACUCUUCCUUCUUCAAUCUCACAUAUCAAUGGCUAUCACCUUCUCAGAUCUACACACCGAAAAGGGCAUCAAAUCCCUCGAUCAAUUCCUUUCUGGCAAAACCUACAUUUCUGGGGACCAAUUGACAAAGGAUGAUGUCAAUGUGUAUGCAGCUGUUGUGGAAAAGCCAGGUGACUCUUUUCCCAAUGCUGCCAAGUGGUACCAUGCUGUCACUUCCCGUCUUGCUCCAAGCUUCCCUGGGAAUGCUCAAGGGGUAAGAUUCGGUGGUAAGGCUGAAGCUGCACCUGCCAAAGCGGCUGCUACUGCUGAUGAUGAUGAUGAUCUUGAUCUCUUUGGUGACGAAACAGAGGAGGAUAAGAAGGCAGCAGAGGAAAGGGAGGCUGCUAAAAAGUCUACCAAGAAAAAAGAAAGUGGCAAGUCUUCCGUCCUGCUUGAUGUCAAGCCUUGGGAUGACGAAACUGACAUGAAGAAGCUGGAAGAGGCUGUCCGCAGUGUUGAGAUGCCUGGUUUAUUGUGGGGAGCAUGCAAACUGGUUCCAGUGGGUUAUGGGAUCAAGAAAUUGCAGAUCAUGAUGACCAUUGUUGAUGACCUUGUAUCUGUGGACACCCUCAUUGAGGAACGCCUCACAGUGGAGCCAUGCAACGAGUACAUCCAAAGCUGUGACAUUGUUGCAUUCAACAAAAUUUAAGUUUUAUUCUUGGAUUUUGAGUUUUAGCCAUUUUCAAGCGGCUAAACAGCAUUUUAGUCUGAUACUCCCUCCUUUUCAUCGUUCAGUUCAUGUUGGUCUUUUUCAAUAGUGGUUUUGUUGCAAGAAUUUUGAAAAAAGUGAUAUAGAAUUAUAGAUAUUAUCAACUAUCCAUGCUACGGUGUAGCUUUGAAUAUUAUUUCUUGAAUUAGAUUUUUGGGAAUAACAUAACUGAACGAUGUGCUUCCAUUUAGUUUUUUA